GUCGGAAAUAUCAAUUAUAGCAUUUUUUGUACGUAGCAUUCCAAAGUCAAUUCCUAUUGGUUGCUUUAACCAUCCCUCGAACCACUUCCUAUCCAAUGAUUGGCAGUGAUUCUACUUUUUCGUUUUGGCGGUGGUAGGAACCAUGGCGGAAAAUUUGAAAGAGUGCAGAGUCCCCUGCAAGGCCACCACAGACGAGCUGGAGUCCCUCUGCCGUUCAGAGGGAGUGACGUGCAAGGAGCUCGGAGUUAGCAAAACCAAUCUCACUGAAUAUGAAGUGGAGUAUCUAUGCAACUACAAAAGGGUAGUCCCAGUAGGGAAGCUAAAGGAUGGAACGACUCCACCGCCACAGGAGCUGUACAUGGUGAAGUGGCGGGGUUUCCCUGAGUCCAGGAACACGUGGGAGCCACGCAAGAACCUGAAGUGCGUGGCGCUCCUGAGCCAGUUCUACGAGGACCUGAUGCUCGAGCUCCAACGACAGAGACGGCGCAGCGUGCCGCGCCGCCUGGACCCCGCCACCGCCUCCUACAUGGUGCAGCGCGCCAAGCUGCGCAAGAGGCUACAGCGCUGGGAGUGCGAGCUCACCGCGCUCAACCUGCAGCGCGGCGGCGGCCGCAUCUCCGUGCAGAACCACGUGGACCUGGUGGGCCCGCCGCGCAGCUUCACCUACAUCAACGACUACAAGGUGGGCGACGGCAUCUCGCUGACGGAGGUGGCGCUGGGCUGCGAGUGCACGGACUGCCACGGCAAGCCGGUGAACGGCUGCUGCGCCGGCGCCUCGCAGCACCGCUUCGCCUACAACGAGCAGGGCCAGGUGCGCCUGCGGCCAGGCAUGCCCAUCUACGAGUGCAACAAGCGCUGCCGCUGCGGGCCCGACUGCCUCAACCGCGUGGUGCAGCGCGGCAUCCGCCACUCGCUCUGCAUCUUCCGCACGGACAAUGGCCGCGGCUGGGGCGUACGCGCCAUGGAGCGCAUACGCAAGAACAGCUUCGUCAUGGAGUACGUGGGAGAGAUAAUCACAACAGAGGAAGCUGAGAGGCGAGGUCACAUCUACGACAAAGAAGGAGCUACGUACCUGUUCGACCUGGACUAUGUGGACGAUGAGUACACUGUAGACGCAGCCCACUAUGGGAACAUCUCCCACUUUGUCAACCACAGCUGUGAUCCAAAUCUCCAAGUAUACAACGUUUUCAUUGACAACUUGGACGAGCGGCUGCCGAGGAUAGCAUUUUUCGCCACUCGCAGCAUUAAAGCUGGGGAAGAGCUCACCUUCGACUACAAAAUGCAGAUCGAUCCAAUGGAUGCGGAGAGCACAAAGAUGGACUCUAAUUUCAGUGUGACAGGGCUCCCGGGGUCCCCUAAGAAACGCAUGCGCAUGGAGUGCAAGUGUGGUGUGGAGUCCUGCCGGAAAUACCUCUUUUAGAUGUGUCAUGCCAAAAACUUAAACUGGAACUCGAUGCCAAAACCAUCACCUUCGUGUGUGUUUGUGUGGAGAACGUGAUUACAUGAAGAAUGUUUGUUUUUACCCCCGUCGUCUUUGAGAGAUACACGUCAUAUCAGCAUUUAAACCUAAAUGUAUUUUGGUUUUUUUUCUGAGGAAAAAUUGGAUUGUCAUGGUAUAUCAAGAGCUACACAGCUGGGGUGGAAAAUUUGGAUUGUCAUGUAUGUCUGGCCACGUCCAUAAUGCCCUCCGGCUAGUACAUCUUUGGAACAAAAGAAGUUGUAGUUUAAUUCUUUAUAUGUUUAUUGUAUGUUUUAUUUUCUUUUAAUUCCCAUUGAGGCCGUUGUGUAAAUAUGUACAGCACUUUUUUUAGACACAGAUGGAUUUGCUGUUUUUUUAUUUAUGUCACACUCAGAGCCCCUUUUGCAUUUUUGGCAUGACACUCCAGUCAUAUCAGUUCAGUACUGGGUUUUUUUUUCUUUCUUUUAAGCGACAGCAUUUCACGCCUAGUGCGAUUACAUGUUUAUAAAAUAUUUUCUGUACAUUUAUUUUAUCACUAAUUAGAAGGGUCAUUGUAUAAUGAGCUAAGGAUGCUAAUUUGUAGAGUUGUUAAUCACUGGGAUGUUUCUUUAUUCUGUUAUUUCUUGAAAUGUGUUAACCAAUUUUAAUGUUUGAUAGUUUUUUUUAUUCAAGACCUUUUUUAAAAAAAAAAAAUAAACAAAAUAUUUUUCUGUAAAUGAUAGCUGUACACUGCCUCAUGCUGUAAGUAAAGGCCUUGCCAAAACAUGACUGGACCUAUCUGUGGUCACUACGCUCUUGUGUGUUUGUGUGAUAAAACAACAUGUGCUUAGAGGCUGAUGCGGUCUGAAUUUGUUACAGCUGAAAUUCAAAUGUGUAAUUAGCUGCCUUGUCCCGUUUAAAAAUCAUGUAUUUUUUCUUGAUGAAGUGGGAAAGCUUCAAGGUUAAAAUGUACUGUGAAAUAAAAGCUUACCCCAGAAAC